AUGCUACGGCUGCUGCGCACCACAACCAUUUGUUGCCUCUGCACCGGAACUUUUUUUUUUUUUUGCACUCGCAUAAUAUUUUAUUUUGCUUCACGGUGGAUUUGUUGGAGGAGGUUUGGUUUUGGUGCCUGCUUCACGGAGCUUCGCCUUGUGUGUCGGUUGCGGUUCUUCCACGUGAUACUGAACUGUUUGAUGAGGUGUUUACCCUUCUUUUUGCGCCCUGCAGUCAGUGUUUUUGGUCAUGGCGGCAGCAGUGGGAUUCUGUGGCUGCGUGCUCGUCGCACUUGUCGCAUCUCCCGCUGUUGCUCCCUUUCUGUGUUGGUGGGGGAGUGA